AGCUCAGCGCAACUCAAGGACCAGCACCUCGUCUUUCGAUUCAGCACCUUACAGCUUUCAAUUCAACGUUGGGUUCAACAAUUUGAACGUGGAUUUUGGCUCCAGUGUUCAGCUCUCCCCAGUCAUGCCAGUUGACAUUGCAAUGAGACUUUGCCUCAGUCACUCGCCGCCCAUUCACAGCUUCUUAAGCUGCCCGGAGUUCCGGGGUGUGAACAUAUCCAGAAUCAAGCCACUGCGCCCCUGUCUGAAUCAGAGGAGCAAUGUGUGCCUGGCUAGCAAGGAAUGGGUGGGGUGUGACAGCAACAGCAUGAAGAAGAAGAAGAAGAAGGUGGUCUUUGCCGAUGCCAAAGGGUUUUCGCUCACUGCUGUUCGAGUGUUCUCCGAGUUUGAGGAAGACUUGUCAGACCUUCAGUUUGAACUGUCCGACCUGGCAGACUGCGUUCCUCAAGCUGCCAACGACGAGAAGCUAAUUCUGGACUUCCCUCAGCCCUUGGCAGAUUAUUUAAACUUCCGUUCCCGCUUGGACAGAAACUUUGUUUGCCUUGAGAGCUGCCUUGUUCAAGAGGCCUCCAUCUCCGGGACGGUCAAAGUCAAGAAUCUGGGCUAUGAGAAAAAGGUCAUUGUCCGGAUAACUUUUGACACCUGGAAGAGCUUCAGAGACGUUGAAUGUGCCUACUUGAACAACACCUAUGGCUGCGCGGACAUGGACACAUUUUCCUUUCAGGUAGACCUGCCAAAGAAUCUCCUGCCUCGUGAGAAAAUUGAGCUGUGUGUCUCCUUCCAAUGUGGCCAACGCACCUUCUGGGACAACAACAGUGAGGAGAACUAUAGGAUUAUUUAUGUGGGCAGGAAAUCAGGGGAUGGAAAGGUUUCCCACUAUGGUGAUUUCUCUCUUCCUAACAUGAGAGGGAAGGCCCAAGAAGGAGAGUUUGAGCAGUUUGGCAGCCCUCGAUCAGUGAAUGUCAUAUUCUCCCAGUGGCAGAGCUGGGGCAGAUUUGAUAGUGACGGUUAUUGGUAAAUACUUCCAAUCCAUGCUCUUUUUUUUCUAAAGAAAAAUGGGGCGGUUUGACUGUUUUACCAUGACUGUGUAUAUUAAGCAGCACCAACCGUCUUUGCCAUCAAUUUGGGGCUUGGUUGACACUUGAAUGAGUUUUGCAAGUGCAAUGUAUUAAUGCUUUCAGAAAUUUUUAAUAUCAUUGCUUCUCCUGCUAUUUAAUAUCGCGACAAAGCCAAACACUAAAGAAGCUCAAUCAAUCUAUCAAAUGAUCCUGUUCUUUCCAACCUGAGUAAGUGUAAUAUUUCUAUCAGAAAAUGUGAAGUACCCAGAUGGAUGACCAUCAUGUUUUAACAUCGCCACAAAGGUAACUUGACUGUUAGUUGGUUGCCUAAGUAUUGCACAGUGCCCAUACUUACAAUUCCACAGGCCAAGGUUGCACAUAUAUUUAAAAAUAAACUCUCUUCUCACAUGUUGAAGUGAGCAUCACUUUGAGGAUCACAUUUUUCCCCUCUGACUUAACGACCUCUUCUCAUGGUGAGACUGCACACCAUGCGUCCUGUGUAAAGCUAUGGGACUGGCAGUUGGUACAGGGGUUUCUUGUUAUUGGAAAUGAAUUAAGGUUGAGUUUCAAGACUUUUUUUCUCCCCCCGCCCCCCCCACCCUCGCAAUUCUAGACCUGCAGCUUGUAAUGGAAUUGCCAUCUAGUUUGUCACAGGCUCCACAUCCUAACCCACCCAGUGGUUUCCUUUUGGUGUCCACAGCUGGAUAAGCACGUUUUUCAUUGUCCCUACUCUGUUACGUGUGCGAACAUAUCAAAAGUGAAGGUUUGUUUUUCUACCCCUCCCCCCCUUCACGUUAUUAGAAUUAGAUGAAAAAACAAUGUUAACAGGGCCUCAAACAAUGCAUCAAAUCUUCAUUUUUUAAAUCUGAAAUCUUCCUCCUCCAAUGCAGAGUGUUGGAGUUGGAAUGGGCUUAAUGCCAGUCAGUGGUGUGGUUGGGGAGGAUGAGA